AUGGCAGGCCAGUUCAUGUUCUAUUCUGAAUAUGGAAAACAAACGUUGGGCUGUGUGCUAGGAGCCACUCCCAGCGACCUGGGUUUGGCUCAGACUCUGUUCAGAAGCACACAAGACGCACCACUGAGCCAGAAAGAGAGCGACCAACAGAAGGCUGUUGGACAUGAAAAUAAGAUAGCACCUUAUGAUAUAAGGAUCCCUCAAUCACCUCAAUCAUCCAAUUAUGUCACGCCAACCAUCAAGACUACUCCGCCAGAACUAGAUGGUCGGGCCCCUAAACCUGGACACAGUGUCAAACCAAGCGUUCGGCUCACCGAGACGUCCACACCUCCUUCUCAAUCGCAAACCCUUCCUAACAGAGGAGCAGGACUGCGGUCCGCACCUUUGCAGCAGUCCAGUCCUCGCGGAGGUGUGGGCGGCAGCGCCAGCCUGAGCCGUACAUUCAGCCUGGCCUCCGCAGACCUCCUCCGUUCCAACAGGCCGGACAGUUACCGCACCGAGGCAAGUUCUCCCAGCCAAAAUGAUGUGGUGGUGAGGAGGUCUGGUGUAGUCACCAGAGAAAGACCGAUAUCUGCUAGGCUGGCUGGUUCUUCGCCGCUGCCUGGAGACCCGGGGCACGUAUCCGUGGACCCCCGCCGUCUGUCUCUCGCUCAACCGAGAGAUGAGUUGUCCCUGGCUAGUCCGCCUCCAGUGCACUCUUCGUCUAUGCCGCUGCAGGCUGAACGGGAAUACGUUGGUAGCGGUAGCAGCAGGGCAGGAGCAGUCCGUUCUGCUCCUGCUCAAACCCGAGCUGCCCUCCAUCGUGGCGAGGUGGCCAUGGUGACUCCAGUGCGAGCCGUAUCAGCAUUAAGGCUGAAGGAUUUGGAGGAGGAACCUCGGGAGCAAAGGCAGGCAGAGUCGCCUCUGUUGAAGAAAGCAGACACUGCGAACUUAAGCUACACCACCAAGGAGCAGCCCACCAGUAAACCUGCUUCUCCCGACCCCAACAAUGACCCUCAGACUGUUUGGUAUGAGUACGGCUGUGUGUAGAACCUCAGACUUGGUGAAGAAACACGUAUGAAACUGCACUGUAAACAAAUAAAAGCCCCAGGCAGCUCUGGGAGACUGGUCAUGUCCUUCCUCUCUCCAUCUCUUUAGGUGCUUCAAAGGCACCAGUUGCAUUUGAGGGUCUUGCACAUGUUCAGACUGACCUGAAAAUGAAUUUAUGGGGCACUUGAAUGUAUUUUCCCCCUUCAAUUCCAAUCAAAUGCCAUUGAUUUCCACAGCUCUCCGCAGCUCCAUGGCAGGCCAGUUCAUGUUCUAUUCUGAAUAUGGAAAACAAACGUUGGGCUGUGUGCUAGGAGCCACUCCCAGCGUAAUUACUGAGUAGCGACUGCAUCCAUCUUUAGGAGGCGCAGGACAGUUGCAGGUCCAUCACCGAGCCUCAUAGGGAUCCAUUACAGGAAGCAGCCUCUCUCAUUCGCUCCCAGCUGACAUACCAAACAAUCUGCUCUUUUCUGCUUCUUGUGGGUGAACAUGUAUUUGGUGUAGGACCUGGGUUUGGCUCAGACUCUGUUCAGAAGCACACAAGACGCACCACUGAGCCAGAAAGAGAGCGACCAACAGAAGGCUGUUGGACAUGAAAAUAAGAUAGCACCUUAUGAUAUAAGGUGGAAGAAUUGGUUUUGAGGGGGAAUCUGGAGUACUGGACAUAUUGCCCAGUUUCACACAAGCAUUUAGAGUAGCACUAAAGAGAAAUUGAAGCUCAGUUUGGUGUUUUUGUGUUUUGUUUAGUUUUGUUUUUCCUCAUCAACACACUCAUUUUAUAACACUGCACAACUGUUCUAAUGACCAGAAGUUCUUUUAUUGGUUUAUUUAUUAAUGUCCUUGAGACAAUUAAUGACACUUGUUUGUGUAGUUGUUUUAAUGUGUGUGUAUGCCUCAUUUUUCCAAAAUUGCUUUUUUGUUUUGCGUGGUUGAUGCUUAAGUCUGAUUAUGUUGAACACUGGAAGAAUGGAGUAGUCUCAUUAUACAUAUUUUUUCCCUAAGUGAAGCAUAUAGGUAAAAAAGCCCAUGGAAUCCCAGGAUCCCUCAAUCAUGUCACCAACCAAGCACCCCUUGUUCCCUGUCAGGGGUGCUAUUCUGCCAUCUCGUGUCACCAUCUCCAACUUCUUAUGGUCUGCGGAGGCUUUCUUAAGUCAAGGGCAAGAGCUGAUCACCAAAGGCAAUGGUGUCUUCAUAGAAAUAUAUUUGGAUCAAGCAUUCACACUGGGUGUGUGAACAUUAGGAGAGUGUCCUGUUUGAAUGUGCACAACUACUGCUUAAAUGAUUUUAGAUAUACAACUGUUUUUAUACACUACUGCACAUGAACAUGGAUCAGUACCUGUAAGAUAUUGUGUGUUUGAUGUAAGGAGUAGAUACCCUAACAACCUUUUACACUUAAUGUAAAGUUUAUUGUCAAUGAUAGAAGCCUGUUUAGAGAAAGCUGUUUUCCAAAACCUGCUCUUUGUAAUAAAGCUUUUUUUA